AUGGGGGACGAAACCAAGAAUCUGCUCAGCUAUGGAGACAAGAGCCGGAUGUACGCGCGGUGCGUGUCCCACGCCCAGGACGAGCUCCACAGCUUCCGAACAUGGCUCAAAUGGCUGUGCGUGGAUCAAUCGGACGCCUGCAGCACCGCCCUCUCCUGGAUGGUCUUCCUCGCCAUGGCGAUUGUGGUCCCCGCGGUGUCCCACUUCGUCCUCGCCUGCGCCGAUUGCGACAGCCUCCACAGCCGCCCCUACGACACGGUGGCCCAGCUCUCGCUCACCGUCGUCGCCGCCCUAUCCUUCGUUUCUCUCUCCACUUUCGUGCGGCGGUACGGCCUCCGGAGGUUCUUAUUCUUCGACAAGCUCCGGGACGUGAGCGAGACCGUCAGAAAUGGUUAUACCCUACAAUUUAAUAGAUCGCUGAAGAUAUUAUUCGUGUUUGUGCUGCCAUGUUUUGCGGCUGAGAGUGCGUACAAGAUUUGGUGGUACAGCUCCGGAGGAACGCGCAUUCCCUUCUUGGGGAACGUGAUUGUGAGCAACACUGUGGCUUGCGUGCUUGAGCUCUGCUCGUGGUUUUACCGAACAAUGGUCUUCUUCUUGGUCUGUAUCCUCUUCCGACUCAUAUGCUACCUUCAGAUCCUGCGUAUGCAGGAUUUCGCCCUCGUUUUCCAAGUCCAUUCGGAUGUGCAGUCGGUGCUGAGGGAGCACCUCAGGAUCAGAAGGCAUCUCAAGAUUAUAAGCCAUAGGUACAGAGUAUUCAUAUUGUGGGCGCUCGUAUUCAUCACGGCCAGCCAGUUUGCUUCCCUUCUUAUGACAUUACGUCCCAAUGCGCAUGUCAAUAUAUAUCACUGUGGAGAACUAGCGGUUUGCUCGGUCAGCCUCCUAGCAGGGCUCCUGAUUAUUUUACGAAGCGCAGCCCGGAUCACGCAUAAAGCGCAGGCCGUGACGAGCUUCGCUGCCAAAUGGCACGCGUGUGCCACGAUUGACUCGUUUGACAUGGCAGAAACCGAGACCCCAGUUGCUCAGGCAACGGGCGAACGAAGUCCAACUUUGAGUUCAGCAGGUUCAUCUGACGACUUUGAUGAUGUUGGUGAUGAAGAGGACGAGCUCGACAACACCAAGUUUCUUCCGGCAUAUGCCCUCAGCACAAUCUCUUUUCAGAAAAGACAAGCCUUAGUUCAGUACCUUGAGAACAAUAGAGCUGGAAUUACGGUAUUUGGGUCCAUGCUGGACAGAAGUUAUCUCCACACCAUAUUCGGGGUAGAGUUGUCUCUCGUACUCUGGCUUCUCGGGAAGACUGUAGGCAUAUCUUGA